UGAACUUCUCAUAGAACCAAAAAGUGUUUUGGGGGAAGGAGUGGUGUGGGUGCGGGGAGACGAGAGACAGGUGUUGACUCUCUUGCUAUCCAUAAUAAUUUCUCUUUCAUCGCUUCUCAAAUUGAAUUCAGAAACUCAUAUUCGCCGCUAAGAACAGAGCAAUCCGCAUCUCAUGUUCCUCACUGCUUAGAGUCCAACGAAAUUUUGGCACUUCUUCAUCAUCGGCUUUGAGUUACCCCUUUCUUUCAGUAACAGUCAUGACAACAACACCACAAGCGAUAACAUGCAAAGGUGCCGUGUGGUGGGGCGGCGGAGAAAACGAUGUGGCGGUGGAAGACAUACAAGUGGAUCCUCCGAAGCCAACCGAAGUUCGGGUCAAGAUGCUCCGUGCCAGUGUCUGCCACACCGACAUCCUAAGGGCCAGAGGACAUCCAGUCCCUCUGUUUCCCCGAGUAUUAGGGCAUGAAGGAGUAGGUGUUGUUGAGAGCAUUGGGGGGAAAGUAACAGAUCUAGAAGUAGGCGAUGUUGUGAUUCCCACAUGUAUUGGUGAAUGUCAAGAAUGUGAGAACUGCAUUUCAAGGGAAUCAAAUCUAUGCCUGAAAUAUCCUUUGACGUUAAGUGGCUUGAUGCUGGAUAACACGUCUAGAAUGUCCAUAAGAGGUCAAAAGAUAUACCAACUUUUUAGUUGCUCCACAUUUGCAGAGUACAUGGUUACUGAAGCAAAUUACCUUGUCAAAGUUGAUCCCAACAUUGACCUGGCUCAUGCUAGCUUCAUCUCUUGUGGGUUCUCAACUGGUUUUGGGGCUGUUUGGAAGGAAGCCAAGGUUGAAAGUGGAUCAUCUGUGGCUGUAUUUGGUCUUGGAGGUGUUGGAUUAGGGGCUAUAAGUGCAGCCAGAAUGAUGGGGUCAACUAAGAUAAUUGGGAUUGACAAAAAUGAGAUGAAGAGAGCAAAAGGAGAAGCUUUUGGAAUGACAGAUUUUGUGGAUCCUGGUGCUUCUGAUAAGCCAGUUUCAGAGUUGGUCAAGGAAUUAAGUGGUGGAAUGGGUGUGGAUUAUUCCUUUGAGUGCACUGGAGUUGCCCCUUUGCUUUCUCAGGCCUUUCAAGCCACAAAAUUGGGAAAAGGAAAGACAAUAGCAGUAGGUGCAGUAACUGAACAAUUUGUGCACAUCGACUUUGUCUCUCUCAUUCUUGGGAGAACUUUAAAAGGUUCAAUAUUUGGAGGAUUAAAACCCAAAUCUCACCUCCCUUUCUUAGCUGACAAAUGCUUGAAAAAGGCGUUUCCUCUUGACCAACUUCUUACCCACGAGGUGUCACUGGUAGAUAUAAGCAAAGCUUUGGAGCUGCUAAAACAACCAGACUGUGUUAAAGUUGUUAUUAGGAUAUGAACAUGUUGUAUCAUAUAUAUCAGAAUAAAAAAUGCAGAGUCGCAUUAUUUAUAAAUUGAUAAUAACGUGACUCAUUCUUGCAAGUGUGCCAAGCAACUUUAAAUUUUGUGUUAUUUGUGACUUUAAUUUGUGCUUGAGAUUUUCUGGAAAGUUAUCGAUUCUUGUAACCUAAUUUCAAUCAAAUAACUUGUUAAGUUAUCAA